CUCCGGAUCCGGAGUGCAUUCGAGUGUCCAUACUCCGUACUGUCCCUGUCCGUCGUGCCGCGAGCGCGCAGUGGUGAGACACUGUGCGCGACAGUGCGUGCGUGCGUGCGCGUUCCGCCCGUGGUAUCAGCAAAAAUAUGCAAAAAUAUGAGAAGCUCGAGAAAAUAGGAGAAGGCACUUAUGGCACCGUGUUCAAAGCCAAGAAUCGCGAGACACACGAAAUCGUCGCUCUGAAGCGGGUGCGACUGGACGAUGACGAUGAAGGUGUACCGUCGUCAGCACUACGGGAGAUCUGUCUUCUGAAGGAACUCAAGCAUAAGAAUAUAGUUCGUCUCUAUGACGUGCUGCACAGCGACAAGAAGCUCACCUUGGUGUUCGAGCACUGCGAUCAGGAUCUCAAGAAAUACUUCGACAGUCUAAAUGGGGAGAUUGACCUGGACGUCGUCAAGUCAUUCCUAUAUCAGUUGUUGAGAGGAUUAGCGUUCUGCCAUAGCAGAAAUGUUCUGCACAGAGACCUCAAACCGCAGAACUUACUCAUCAACAAGAACGGGGAGCUGAAGCUCGCUGAUUUUGGACUAGCAAGGGCAUUUGGUAUUCCUGUAAAAUGUUACUCGGCGGAGGUUGUUACGUUGUGGUACCGUCCCCCGGAUGUUCUUUUCGGAGCGAAAUUAUAUACAACGUCCAUUGACAUGUGGAGCGCGGGAUGCAUAUUCGCCGAAUUAGCGAACGCCGGCAGACCGCUCUUUCCUGGAUCAGAUGUAGAUGAUCAAUUGAAAAGAAUAUUCAAAAUGCUGGGCACACCGACUGAGGAGACGUGGCCAGAUUUAACGACGCUUCCUGACUAUAAACCAUUCCCACAGUAUCAUCCCACGCAAGGACUGGCACAGGUUACACCCAAGCUCCCUUCAAGAGGCAAAGACUUACUCCAGAGAUUAUUAGUGUGUAAUCCGGCUCUACGGCUGUCGGCGGAGGAGGCGAUGGCACAUCCGUACUUCAAUGACUUGAACCCUGCCAUAAAGAACGACCGAUGCCAAUAGCGAGUCAUCCCUUUUAGCAUAAACCGACCGAGAGCAUAUUACGGCGCGUUCGAUGCGCAGCGACCAAAAAGUGGAAAGGAAAACGCUCUGGCAAUGAUCGUUUGUUAAUAUAUAUAUUAUGCGCUCGGACGAGGCAAUCGCCUCCCGCGACGAGAAGAAGACACCGACAAGUCUUGUCAUUUUGAAAAGUGAUAAUAAUGACAAGAAUCAAUAAAUUGUUAAUUUCACUCUCUGGCGACAACUUCUUCGUAUCGAAAGUAAAAAAAAAAAAUACUACGGUUGAUGGAAAGAAAAGACGCAUUUCGUACGCUGUCGAAGUCGCGACUGAUGAGUAUGAGGAUUUUACGCGAGUUUGAAUAGGAUAUUAAGCGCGAUUUAUUUAUUAUUAAAUUAUUAUAUCAAUAAAUCAAUAUCUUAAAUAA